AUCCACGUAGUCAUCUCUCCUCUCCUUUCUUCCCAUGUACCCAACCAAUAAUUUUUACCCUCCUUUUCGUACUAGGGGAGCUAGCUAGGUUCCCAUUUAUCAGCCUCUAUAGUGCAUGGGAGAUAUAUCCCAUAUUCUCACAAAAAUCCCCUCACAUCACCAAAUUCAUUUCCCUCACUCAUUCCUUCCUUUCCUUUGCCAACAAUCAUAGGCACCCCUCCCUCCCUUCUCUUAUAAGCAAAUAUAUAAGGGGAGACAACCUCUUCAGGGGAUAGAAAUCCAAGCUAGCUACCACGGAUAUGGACCAAGAAGAUAUGUGUCACCCCGGUCUCGCCCUUGGAUUGGGCAUUGGUGGGAGGAGCGGCUCAUCCAACGAUCACAAUCGGCGACGAGAACCAUGCUCAUCUUUCUCAAUUCCGACGCCUCGCGAACCAUCACUCACCUUAAGCAUCUCCGACGAUGCGUAUGGGGCGAGCAACAUGCCAAAAGCUGAGGCUCACAAGGCGAGCGAGGAGGAGCGGCCGCCGGCACGGAUAUCGUCGCCUCAUAGCGUGGUCUCGCCCUUCUCCGCUGCAUAUCCUCCACACAUCAAGAGGGAAAGGGACGCAGGGUGCGAGGAGGCGGAGAUGGAGAGACUGUCCUCCAGGGCUAGUGAUGAAGAAGAGGAUGGUAGUGCUAGAAAGAAGCUGAGGCUUACCAAGGAGCAGUCCGCCCUUUUAGAGGACAGGUUUAAGGAGCAUAGUACCCUCAAUCCAAAACAAAAACAAGCGUUAGCCAAACAAUUGAAUCUCCGACCGAGACAAGUGGAAGUAUGGUUUCAGAAUAGGAGAGCAAGAACUAAGCUGAAGCAGACCGAAGUUGAUUGCGAAUUCCUUAAACGGUGCUGCGAAACGCUGACGGACGAGAACAGGAGGCUACAGAAGGAGCUACAGGAGCUCAAGGCCCUCAAAUUUGCACAGCCGCUCUAUAUGCAAUUUCCUGCAGCCACCCUCACCAUGUGCCCUUCAUGCGAGAGUAUCAGCGGCGGUGCCUCCGAUGGCUCCAAAGGCGGCGGCGGUGCCGGACCUUUCAUGGUGGCCAAGCCAAAACCUCGUUUCUUCAAUCCUUUUACCCAUUCAGCAACAUUCUAGGAAGGAGCUUUCAGACCUCACACCACAAACCCACACCCUCUCUUCUUUUUCGGGUUGUGGGCCUAGGGGUUGAGGACUAUCCCCAAUAGUCACCAUAUGACAUGUAAUUCUCUCCCUUCUCACUUAAUUUUGAUCAAUGAAUAGAAGAAUCCCAUCAUCUCCUAAUGUUCAAACACCUGUCUAGUUAACCCAUCUCCUAGGUUGUUAUAUAUGUUUUUUUUUUUUUCUCUAAUCAAGUAUGUUAUUAAUCAUUGUACAGAAGAAAAAAAAAAUUCCCAUUAGCUUUUAAUGCUACGAAAAGAAACUUUUGCAAUUUCUUCUCUC